AUGCCUUCCCUUACCAGAGCCGACAUCAACUGGCGCGAUUCGAAUGGCAUGACCCUACUUCACCACGCCGCCUCAUCUACAUCCGAGAACGCCCUCGAGUUCGCCCAAGCCCUUGUCGAGCAUCCCUUGAUCGAUUUGUAUCUACAAGACGUCGAGAACUCAUGGACCGCCCUACAUCGUGCCUUUUACUUUGGAAACAUCACCAUUGCUCGCGCAAUUCUGGAGCGAGACACAUCGGAUGCUCUUGGAAGAGGAAUAGGAGGAGGCUUGGUCAAAACAAAAGAUCGAGAAGGGCUUGGUCCAUUGGAUUUGUAUGCUGCGACGAUCAAGGACCGCACUUUGCGCCCAGAAGGACAACGACGACCAAGAGCCGGUUCUGAUGCUAGUGAAGAGGAAGUGCCUAUGGACGACGAACACCAUGUCAGGACAAGAGUCAUUGAGUUUGCGACAAAUAUCUCUGGCGAUGAGGUCUAUACCUUCGGAAGCAACAAGAACAUCACUCUCGGCUUCGGAGAUGAGGAUGACCGACAGUACCCGGAGCGCAUUACACUCAGACGGCCAGACCACUUGUUGCAACGAUUCUACCGCGAGUACGUCCGAGAGUAUGAGAAGACGUGGACCACGUUCGAUCCUGUCAUCACACAGGCAGGUCAUUCUGCUCUGCCACGCUCACUCCCUGUCGAGUCCAUGCCUUGGGCUGUCAAGAAUCGUCCUUUGAUCAUCCAGGAUGUCUUCAUGUCCAAACUGUCAACAGCAGUCUUGACCACCGAUCCAGAGUCAAACUUGUACAUGUGUGGCCAUGGACCUGGAGGCCGUCUUGGUGUCGGAGAUGAACAAUCACGUUUCAGAUUCGUCUGCAUCGAAGGUGGUUCUUUGUCGCGCAAGAAGAUUGCCACCGUUGCCCUGGGUCAGAACCACACCCUGGCUGUUGAUGAUCGUGGUGAGGUUUUCUCCUGGGGUAGCAAUGGUUACGGCCAGCUUGGAUACACAUUACCAAAGACUGGAAUCAUGGACGAGGAUCCUGUCAGUUGCGUACCAGCGCAGAUCUUUGGUCCUCUGAAGCGUGAGAUUGUGAUUGGUGUCGCUGCUUCUCGCAUCCACUCAGUUGCAUAUACUUCCUCAUCCCUCUAUACCUUUGGCAAGAAUGAAGGGCAGCUUGGCAUUGUCGAUUCUGAUGCUCGUUCUCUGGAGUAUCAAGUUACUCCUCGAAAAGUUGCCGCUUCUCGUUUUGCUGCUUCCAUUGUCUCGGUUGCUGCCAUUGACCGCGCUACUGUCUGUCUUCUAGAGAACCAUGACGUCUGGGUCUUUGCAAACUAUGGUUAUGCGAAGAUUCAGUUCCCUCUCGAUGGCUCAAGCAGUUUCUUGAAGGACAGCUUCCGCAUCACCCGAUACGACGAUACUGUCAACCACAUCAGCAAGAUCACUGCAGGUGGUGACACCAUCUGCGCCAUGUCCAGUAGCGGUGAGGUCUAUACACUAUCUGUCAGUCAACGCCAGGACCAAGCCAAUGCAUCUACGACGAAUCCGACAAAGAUCAGAGGGGCGCUCUCUGCGCCGCAAGAAAUUUGGUCCCUGAAGAAGAAUAACAUGGCAGCCCGCGAUGUUGGCGUAGAUGCCGAUGGCUCCAUCAUCCUCACCACCGAAGAAGGAAGUGUCUGGAAACGAUCAAGAAGAACGAAGAUCAAGGACGGAAAGUCUCUGGACGCUGUUCAAUACAAGCCCAAAGAUUAUAAGUUCUCCCGUAUCGCUGGUCUUUCCCGCGUCACAGCAGUCAGAUCUUCAGCAUAUGGUGCCUACGCUGCUGUUCGCAGAGAUUGUGAUGUUACCAAGACUCAGACAUUGGUUGAGGAACAGACCGUUUGGAAGGACUUGUUCCCUCUUCUUUGUUUUCACGACCUUAGUGUCCUUGAGGAUGUUCCUGACAGCGAGAGUGAGGAGCCGCAGCCUCGUUUCUGGCAAGGUCGCAAANAGCCUACUGAAGUACAGCUGCUUCGUAAGCACCUGCUUGAGUCAAAGGAUAUCGAGAAAGACCUUGAGGCACACUUGCGCCAAGCCGCGAACGAAAACUUCAGCGGAUUCGAUGUCAUCCUCGCAUCCAACGUGUCUGAUCUCCGCUUCCCCGCUCAUCAGUUCAUGUUGGCAGGACGAAGCAGAGUUCUUCGGGCAGGCCUCCAGGCGUUCAAAGAGGGUGACGACUUCAGCGUUCCUGAGCUCCUCAUCUGCGAACGCGACUCUUCCGAUCGACCUGUCUUGAUCUUCCAAGGACUUGAUGCUCUUACUCUAGUGGACCUCCUUCUUUACUGCUAUACUGAUACCAUCGUCGAUUUUUGGCACCAUACUCGACGCUCGCCAAUGGCCUUCCGCUAUCGUCAAGUUCGUACUGAGUUAAUGAAGGUCGCUGCCAAACUCGAACUUUUCAAGUUGGAGCCUGCAGUCCGGCAGAUGAUCGAACCCGAACGAUGCUUACAUAUGGACCUCGAGAUCGCCGCCAGGGAGCAGAACUACUUUGCCAAUGGCGAUAUCCGUGUUCAAUUGAGCGAUGGUGAAGUUCUGGUUCAUGGUGCCAUGGUUUGCCAAAGAUGUCCCUUCUUCGAGGGUAUGUUUAUGGGCCGCGCCGGUGGUCGUUGGCUUGAAGAAAGACGUGGUCUCCUGCAGAAUGCCUCUGAUGCUAUCGAUGUCGAUCUUCAACACAUCGAGACCAACAUUUUCCAAAUAGUUCUCCGCCACAUCUACGCAGAUACUGGUGAGGAGCUGUUCGACAACAUUGUCAGUGCUGAUCUUGAUGAGUUCCUCGAUGUCGUUAUGGAAGUCAUGGCUGUUGCUAACGAACUCAUGCUGGAUCGUCUGUCACAAGUUUGUCAGAGAGUUGUUGGCCAAUAUGUCACAACUCGGAAUGUAUGUGGUCUGCUCAACGCUAUCGCGCCUAGCUCUGUCACAGAGUUCAAGGAUGCAAGUCUUGAAUAUCUGUGUCUGAGUCUAGAAGCGAUGCUGCAAGGCGGACUACUGGAUGAGCUUGACGAAGAUUUACUUUUGGAGCUGGACGACAUUGUCCGUGCCAACCAGCUUGCUUUGAUGCCAUUUGCUAAGAGUGGUCGCGCUGAGGCUUUGCUCCUCGAGCGUCACCCAGAACUCGCUGCUUUGAUCGAUCGCGAUCGCCGAAUCAAGCUUGACUCGAUCAUGCUACAUGCCAAGCACCAAGAUCUUGAUGGGUGGGGUCCCAAUUCUUUCAGAGGUGGCAGCUUGGAUGACAGUGCACACGCAAAACAAAAGGUACGAAGGAAGUCUAAGGACGCUCAGUCGGCUGCUGUCGAUUCCACCCUGAGAGUCAAAUCCGCUGUGCCUUCAUUGGGUACAAGCAUCGAAGAGAGCUCACCACUGGAUCCGAACAGCACGCGACCAAGUGGCACAGAGUCUGAAUUCGAGAGGACCUUACGUAGAGAUACAGCUGUUGGAACUCCUACUGAUUCCUGGCUUGAUCCUCGAGGAAAGCCUACCACACCGCAUGCUGGUACACCAAAGCAAGGUGGUCUAGUCACAGGCAUGACACCCGCCACUCCUGCGAGCUCUUCAAGUGUACCAUGGGCAGCAACUCCUUCGCCAGGUGCUAAGCUGGAGAUGAAGGAUAUCAUGGCGCAAGCCUCUUCGAGUCGUGUAUCGAAUCUUUCAUUGGGCAUUGCAGCUAGCAGAGAGAAGGCGUCUGAAGACGCUUCUGCAGCAAGAUCUGCUGCAAGGGUGUCACAGAAAGAACGCAAAAAAAUGCAGCAAGCACAGCAAUCAGCAGUCGUCGAGAUCGAAGAGAAGAUUGCAGCAAAGGUGGCCUCGCCAUGGCAGGUUGUUUCUGGGCAGAAGAUAGCUUCAUUGAAGGACGUGAUUGGCGAGAAGCCACCUUCGCCUGGUCCAUCGAACAGACCUCAAUCUAUAACCCGAACGAGCAAUACUCCUCAAUUGACCAUGCGGCAAACAAUCGCAAACCCCAAGCCUUUGUCUAAACCGCCUGCCGCUGCUGUCGCUGCUUCCCCCAAAAGCUUGGGCCCAGGUUCACCCAUCGCGUCCGGCUAUCCAUCUCCAAGACUUGGUCCACAGCGCGCACCUUCUACCCAGACAGGACUCAAAUCACCAGCCCCAGCAUCACCGCGUAUUCUACCACAAGCAGGUCCGGUCCGACCUACACCCACACCCCGCCAAUCUCAGCCACAACCCCAACGCAAACCCUCAGCACAAACCGCAGCAUCGACUCUCGCGCCCCCACCUCCUCCAGACCUUUCUUCCCAGUCCUUCCCUUCUAUCCAAAGCAUCGUGCAUUCUCCGCGCAAUCCCGAGCCGGCACUUCAACUCUCGCUCCAAGAAAUCCUCGAACAACAGCAAUACGAAAAAGACAUUAUCAAAGAAGCCGCAGCGGCAAGAAGUCUGCAGGAAAUCCAAGCCGAGCAAGAGUUCCAAGAAUGGUGGGACAAUGAGGCACGUCGAAUGAAGGAAGAUGAAGAGUUCGCUAGACUAAUUGCCGAGGGCAAAGAUCCUCAAGCUGGGGCAAAGAAAAAGGGAGGGAGAGGUGGAAGAGGUGGAAAGCAAGGAGCAAAGGAUGUAAAGGAACAUGAUAAGAAGAAAGAUGCUAAUGCUUCUGGACCUGCUGCACCGCAAGGUCAGGCGCCAAAGAAUAGAGGAGGUAGAGGAAGAGGUGGUGGUAGAGGUGGUGCUGCUGUUGCUGCUCCUGCUCAUGCCAAUGCUGGAGGAAGUAAAGCUUAG